AUGAACUCAAAUAAUAACAUGCUAAACAAUAACUCAGAUAAUACACCCACUGGAUCCAUAAACAAUGAUAUUCCUGAAAGAGACCAAGAAUGGGUCGAUUCACCAGAAACAAGAAACAUUCUAAAUUAUUCUGUUAAUAAAACUUUCAUAAACAUCCCUUAUGAAAAUUAUUAUUUAGGAUUAAAUGAAUUGUACACAAUUGAUACAGAAGAUGUAUUUGACAAAUAUCCAUGUGAAUUACCAAAAAUCGAGAAUUUAUGUACAAUGUUUAGAAAAAAAGACAAUACUGCACAAAAUGAAGACAAAGGUAAUAAUAAUAAUGUAGAUUUGCAUGAAAAUAGGAUUUGCAAUGUGCAGGAAAAUGAUAGAUUUACACACAAUAACACAAAGGAUGUUAAUUUAAGAUAUCCUACACAUAACUUCGAAUAUCUAAAUAGCACGUCUUCUUUUGGAACUCAAUUCCAUAAUAAGGGUAAGUGCAAACCUUGUAAAUAUGAAUGGACACGUGGAUGUCACAUGGGUUUGUUUUGCAGAUUUUGUCAUGAUCAAUCUCAUGUACCUGCAGGAACUAAACGAGUUAUUCCCAGCCCUCAAGACUUAGCUAUUAGCAGAGUGAAACCCGAGAAUAUUUUUAUCUCAACUAUUUUGAAUGAAAAUAAAAAGAAUAGGAAAUAUAAAAAGAAUGAAAACAAAGGGAAACGCAAGGGAAUGAAAAACAAAAUAGAUGAUAAGAAAGAAGAAGAAAAAAUGGGUAAUCAGAAAAAGGAACAUAGAACAAAUAACCAGAAAAAGGAACAUAAAACAAAUAACCAAAGAAAGGAACAUAAAACAAAUAAUCAAACGAAGGAACAUAGAACAAAUAAUCAAACAAAGGAACAUAAAACAAAUAAUCAGACAAAGGAACAUAGAACAAAUAACCAGACAAAGGAACAUAAAACAAAUAAUCAGACAAAGGAAUAUAGAACAAAUAACCAGACAAAGGAACAUAGAACAAAUAACUAUUCAAGAGAAAAUAAAAUAAAUCAUCAAAAGAAUAAAAAAUCCCAAAAAAUGAAUGACACUGAAAAUAAAAGGAACCCUCAAAAUAUAGGAAUUUUUCAAAGACGUAGAAAUCAAAGAAGAAAAAGAAAUUAUAAUGGUUACUCAAAAUUAAAUACUUGGAAUAACGAGUAUAAUUAUCUUCCUUAUAAAGAUUAUUUCUUUAAUUAUUAUUAUAAUACAUUCAUAUCAAAUGUAUUUGAGAACGAAGAAAAAAACGAGUUAUACAAAAUUUUUGGUAUAAUAGUUGAAAGAGAUAAAACUUCUGAAGAAUGUGAACUCUUGAAUAAUUUUGACUCUGAUUUAUUUGUUAAUCUUAUGAAUAUACAUCAAUCCAACAUGAAGCCCAUGUUGAGAUACUAG